AUGAAAAUAACAAAGGCUUUUUGCCAAAAUGCAAAAACAUUUGUGAGGGGAUGGAAAGCAGAGCCCUUCCAAGUACAAUGGCCGCGAAAGCAAGAUAAAGUGUUUGUGGCCAUGUCUGGAGGCGUGGAUUCGAGCUAUUCGGCAUACUUGUUAAAACGCCAGGAGUUGAAUGUAGAAGGUGUAUUUAUGCGAAAUUGGCUGGACGAGGAGGAUGCACCGGGGGGAUGUCCUGCGGAACGAGACUGGUUGCUUGUUCAAAAAAUAUGCAAGCAACUAGAGAUUCCCAUACGGAGAUUUAAUUUCGAAAAGGAGUACUGGAAUCGGGUAUUUGAGCCGAGUUUGGAGCAAUAUGAGCGAGGAUGCACGCCGAACCCAGACGUGCCUUGCAAUCGGUAUGUCAAGUUUGGAGCAUUGUACGAGGCACUGGAAAAGGAAGUGUCUCGGGAGGGUCAGCAAUGGUGGCUAGCUACAGGACACUAUGCGAAAACGAUGAGGAACGAAAGGGACGAUCGGGUGGCACUUUGUCUUCCGAAAGAUAGAUGGAAAGAUCAAACGUUAUUUUUGUGCACGGUCCAAGAAAAAGCGCUUCAGCGAACCAUUUUCCCGCUGCAUAACCUGGAGAAGAAAGAAGUCAAAAGGAUGGCUGCUGAAGCAGGGCUACAAGAGAGUGUAGAACGACUUGAAAGUCAAGGACUGUGUUUUGUAUCGCCAAAUGUGGGGAGCCACUUUCGAAACUUUCUGGGUCGAUACUUGAAUUUUUCGAAUGAACCAAUACGUGUUGUAGCGAAGGGAAGGGUGGUGGGCGUUUACCCUCCGUCGACGGGAGUUUGGUCAUUUACGAUUGGAGAGCGAUGUGGAUUGAGUCUUCCCCAGGGUGAUCCAGAGUUCGAAGGACGAUGGUAUAUUUGGAAGAAGGAAUCUUUGACGAAUACGGUACAUAUUUGUCGGGGAAGCAGGAACCCAUUGCUAUUUCAAAACCGAAUCCGGGUCCAUCCUUGGACAUGGUCGACAGAGUGGAUUCGACAAGAAGCGAGUUCAUCGAAAGGGAAGCCUAUGGAGUGCUUUGUGCGCGUUCGACACCAGCAGCCACUUGAGCCAGCAAAAGCAUGGUUGCAAGAGGACGGAGGAUGUGUUGUUGAGUUUGAAACUCCUCAACGGGCGCUCACCCCAGGUCAAGUUUUGGCCAUGUACAAGGAGGAGACUUGUUUAGGAGGAGGUUCGAUUGCUGAGGAAGAGCCGUAA